AUGGUGGUGGUGUUUGUAUUCAUGUUCAUCGUAAUAUCAAUUUUCAGCUUUGUGCUGAUCUUAGUCCGAAUAAUCUUGAAUGUCUCACUGCUGAAAUCUCUAAACCCCGCUCAAAGCCUUUCCUCGUGUCUACCUGGUACAGACCACCACAAUUAUCUCCUGACCUCUUCUCAACCUUUGAGAGAAUUAUUGAUCAAAUUGAAGCUGAAAACUUGGGGCUAUAUCUUAUGGGUGACUUAAAUUGCAAUUUAUUAUCGAAGGUUGUCAGUAACAACUCU